AACCCUGAAAAAUAAAUAAAAGGAAAUUACCUCACUCUGUCCGUCUAAUAAACAAGCAAAGCAAACGGGCAAAAGCCCAAGGAACUCCCCGCUGCGACGCCGUUUCCUACAUUUCAGGCCGCCCUCAGAUGGCUACCUCCGGGCCAACUAGGUUUGCAGGAGCAAGUAAAACUAAUGAACCAGAUCAUUUUGAUCCUCAACAACCCAUACUUGAUGUGAAACCUCUCAAUAGCAUGCCUUAUAUUGGUCCACCUACAAUGCAUCCAUCAACAACUACAGACUCUGAUGCACGAGAGAAACUGAAGCCAACUGUGAUUAUUCUACCUCCUGACUCAACAAGGGAACAGUGGAAUAAGGCUUUGGAAACCAACAAAUCAGGGAUUGUUUUGACUGGAGCUGCUGCGAGGGGACAGGUGGGACCAAUAAUAGGAUUAGUUGAUAUUGGCGAGAAUGAAGACUCAUACUUAUUUCGUGUCAAUCUACCAGGGGUUUUAAGGGAUGAGAAUUUUGAAUGCAGCGUUGACAUUGAUGGAGAAGUAUUUAUAAAAGGAGUAACUACAACAGGAGAGAAAACAGUGUGCAAAAACUCCCAAGUCUUUAAGAUGCAAACACAAAAUCUGUGCCCCCCAGGUCACUUCUCUAUCUCGUUCCAGCUUCCUGGUCCAGUUGAGUGCCAAAAAGUUACUCUGUCUUUUGAGACUGAUGGGAUUUUGGAGGCCAUUGUGCAGAAAAAAUUACCAUAAAAGUAUUCCGCUUUGGGGAGCUUGUAUGGUUUUUUAUGAUGUGGACUUAGAAUGGAGAAGACUCUAGGUGGUGAGGACUUAUAGACUAUAAAUAAUUGCCUCUGAUAUCGCAGAGGAUGAAGGCGGGGAUACAAGCUAAAUGGUGAUAUACAGUAGGCUUGGGCGGGCCCAAGUUAUAGUGAAGUAGGGCUUUGUUAAGUUGUUUGUACUCACUUUAGGACCGGAAGCUGUGUUCAUAGGUGGACUAUGGUUAUGUCCUAGCCACAUCCUUUGUGAGAUAUUUUAUUUCCGUUGAAAGUUCUCUCUGCCAAGAUCAAUUCAUGGUGAAACAGCUGCUAGUUCUCUUGAAAAUUACCAGAGGCUUAGCUUGUUCAUUUUGUGGAAAAUGGUCUUUUAUGGAUAUAUUUUUCAUGAAAAAUCCUUAUGAAAAAGGCUAUAUA